AAGCCCUGACAUGCGGUGCGCCCUUGUAGCUCCCCAAAACCCAGAGUCAGCAUCUCUGCGUCCGUUACGCACAGCUGGAGGGACGGUCCGCAGCGCCGAGGGGUCGAGGAGCCGGCGGUACAGUCCUUCCACAGGUUGAAGCUGCUGGCUUGUAAAAGAUGAAACACACUGUGUGUGUGUGUCUCUUCCCUGUCAGCGGCGUCUUCUCGCCACAUAACGGUGCUGGAACUAUAAGGGAAUAGCAAUGCAUCUGACAUAACUUCCUGUUCGGAGUCGAGACCACGAGGGGCAAUGAACGUGCACUCGCCUCCGAGGAGGAGACUCAGGCGCAGUCGUGUCCUCUUCUUCAUCUCAGGUGCGCUGCUGUGUUUCGUCUACACGCUGACUCUGAAGGCCAGGCUGUCACAGCCGCGAGCCUCCGCCCAGACGGAUGAUGCUCUCAGAGCAGAGGGGGGUGGUGAUGAUGGUGUGGAGGUCAACAUUCGGGAGGUGAUGGCAUCCAAUGAGACAGAGGGGGAGGUCGUCUCACCUGAGAGCACCAAACCUCCUGUGGUGAUCAUCGUCAACAGGACAGAUAUCGAACAGUGUAUCUACGUAGAUCCUAAACCUCCGCCAACUCCAACUCCCCCACCACCGACCACCACAGCUACCCCCCGCCCCCCGCUCCAGCGCCCUCACAGGAAGGGUGACUAUCCUGAGGACCUGUUCUCAGUGGAGCAGCGACAACAAGGUUGGGUGGUGCUGCACAUCGUAGGCAUGAUCUACAUGUUUGUCGCCCUGGCCAUCGUCUGCGACGAGUUCUUCGUUCCUGGGCUGGAGGUCAUCACCAAUAAGCUGCAGAUCUCUGACGACGUGGCCGGGGCCACCUUCAUGGCGGCUGGAGGCUCGGCCCCGGAGCUCUUCACCUCCCUGAUCGGGGUCUUCAUCUCCCACAGCAACGUGGGCAUCGGCACCAUCGUGGGCUCGGCCGUCUUCAACAUCCUGUUUGUGAUCGGCAUGUGCGCCAUCUUCUCCCGGGAGAUGCUGCACCUCACCUGGUGGCCGCUCUUCAGGGACGUGACCUUCUACAUCCUGGACCUCAUCAUGCUCAUCAUCUUCUUCCUGGACAACAUGAUCCUCUGGUGGGAGAGCAUCUUGCUGCUCCUGGGCUACAUCAGCUACGUGAGCUUCAUGAAAUUCAACAGUCAGAUCGAGCAGGUGGUCAAGACCCAGAUCAACAAGCACAUGAGUAUCGUCAAGGUGUGGACCGCAGAGGAGCCGGAGAAGGAGAGUGAAGCUCCAGCAGCAGCACCACCACCACCACAACCUCCACCUCCUGCUGCUGCUGCUCCUGCUUCCUCUGCUCUUCCUCCUCCUCCUCCUCCUUCUCCUGCUGCACCAAAAGCUGAAGAUAAAUCCAAGCGGGAACCUGAACAACCCCCGAGCAGCCCUCAGUGCAACAAACCGCCAUCCGAUCCUCAAGAGGACAGAACAAGACUCCGGGUGCGUCCCGUGCUGCAGCGAGGCGGCAGCUCGGCCUCCCUCCACAACACCUCCCUGAGGAGCACCAUCUUCCAGCUGAUGAUCCACACGCUGGACCCUCUGGGAGAAGAAGUCGAUAACAAGCCAAACGCAGAGCAGGCCGGUGCAGCAGGGGGCGCUGCAGCCGAGCCGUCCACCUCACAGCCUCAAAGGACAGAAGAGACCAGUGAGAAGACGCCCGACCAGCCGGACGAGUCGAAGGCGGCAGCGGAGGGAUCAGAGGGCUCAGAGGGCGGCGCCGGGGACGACAGCGGCGAUGACGACAGCAGUGACCCGGGUGAGAGUGAAGAACAGGACGAUGAUGAUGAUGAUGGAGACAAGGAGGAAGAGGAAGAGGAAGAGGAGGAGAAUGAGCCGUUGUCUUUAGAGUGGCCUGAAACCAGACGCAAGCAGGCCACAUACCUGCUCCUGCUGCCCAUCGUGUUCCCGCUGUGGCUCACGCUGCCUGACGUCCGCAACCUGGCGUCCAGGAGGUAUUUUGUCAUGACGUUUAUCGGCUCCAUCCUGUGGAUCGGAGUCUUCUCCUACCUGAUGGUGUGGUGGGCUCAUCAGGUGGGUGAGACUGUGGGCAUCUCAGAGGAAAUCAUGGGCCUGACCAUCCUCGCGGCGGGGACGUCCAUCCCCGACCUGAUCACCAGCGUGAUCGUGGCCCGGAAAGGUCUGGGAGACAUGGCCGUGUCCAGCUCGGUGGGCAGCAACAUCUUCGACAUCACUGUAGGCCUGCCGGUGCCGUGGCUCAUUUACACUCUGUUACACAACGGCGAUCCGGUAACCGUCAGCUCCAACGGCCUCUUCUGCGCCAUUGUGCUGCUCUUCCUCAUGCUCCUCUUCGUCAUCAUCUCCAUCGCCGCCUGCCGCUGGAAGAUGAGUCGAAUGUUGGGCCUCACCAUGUUCGUACUGUACUUUGUGUUCCUCUUCCUCAGCGUCCUGCUGGAGGAUCGCAUCCUCAUCUGCCCCAUUUCCAUCUGAGCUGACGGCUCGAGGCAGAGAGCGAAACGCCACACACGACUUAGUACGUCCAGACUGGAUCAGUACAGAACGUAGGACAUGUUAGAGGAACCGAGUCCAAUGUCAAAAGGCUGACCUGACGCACAAUAGACAACAUGGUAGAAACACCAAACUAAGGGAAAAGUAACGAUAAAAGGAAAAUCCACCCUCAACAUAAUAAGUCUGAUGAUUUUCCAGCAGCUGCUUUGUAAUAACUUGUAAAUAAAUUUUCUGUCUUCAAAAUAACCCCCUGUUCAUCACAGUGACUGUAUUUACCCUCCAUCUAAACUUAGAUUGUAAAAUUUAUUCACUACAUAUUUUUCCCUAAAAAAAAUAUCCACUAUGGAACAAAUACAGUAGUUUAUUUUCUAUCAGUCCCACAAUGCAAUGCGCCACAUUUUAUAGAUACCAACAUCACAGCUGACAGUGAUGAGUCGGUUUACUGCUCAGAACAGAAUUAACUAUUGUGAGUCUGCUGUUAUGGGCAGUUGUGAACUAGUCAGUGAUUUCGGUACCCUUGUGUACAAAAUUGUCUACUUCAGUAAUCCGUUUCCUACAUUUCCCAGAAUACACUCAUGUAACCACUUGAGACAAAGCAUUCUGUGCACAAAGCUAAUUAUCCCUGAUGGGAAAGUAAAGUGUGCAGACGUUGUGUUAAUGAGGUUCUUCGAGGUUUCAGGCUCAUAUCUCGGUCACCACAGAGGUGAUUUUACUCUGAAAGAAACUGUUUUCUGUGUAAGCACAGAAUAUUAUCAAUAUUGUGUACCUGAGCCCACAAAUAAUCACCAUCAGGAUAUGGCAGUGUGCUUUUUAGCAGCCGUGACAAACACUAAUGGAAAAGCAGUCGUUUUAUCACUUUCAAGCACAGUGAAAGGGGUUUGUUACCUGGCUGAGAAGUUGGAGGUGUGCAGCCUGCAGCUCGUCAGAUAACAGCUCACUGUGGCUGCUCCUCCUCCUUCCAGCACUACCUACAAUAAUCUUGUUUGUAGUAAUAAGCAUUGAGCUCACUGACAAACGCACUGCGUUUCCUGUGAGUACUUCAUAAUAAAAGUCAACUGGUGUUUUGCCAGUCCAAUGCUUUUAAUGUGAAGCUGAAGCAGGAGGAAAUGUUCAGUUUGCAUUAGCAGCAACUUAAAACAGCGUUUUUCCAGGAAAUAUCAUCAGACACCCAGCUCAUAAUACUUAAAAUAUAUAAAUAUUGCAGUACUUUCAUCAAUAGCCCAUAUAGACUCUAUCAGCACUGUGUUGCCUCAUUUGGUGAUAAUGACUAAACAAACAUUUACUUCAGUGAAAACCUUUGAGAUUAAAACUUUAACUGCAGCUAAAAAAAAAACCCUGGUUUCUGCUUACUUUAGUGGUUUGCCGUCUGACGUUGUUAGACCUUGAGCGCUGAUUGAUUUUGUGCUUUAAGUCUUCACUGUAGCUGCUGGAAAUAUCUGAAUGUGACAGCAGACUAUCACCGACUGCUCAGUUUUCUACUUUUGAGUGUUUUCAGGGUGGACUUCCUUUAUUGUUGUGAGCGUAAUGCUUCUGGAACCUGAGGUGAUUUUCGUAGGUUAAUUAAAUCCAUUAAGUCCGUUACAGCAGUGAAGGCUCAGCUUCACUGUGCAGCAAUUCAAACCUUCUGGAUGCAACUUCAGUUUUGUAUGUUCAGUAUUUUCUGGACUGUGUUCUUAAAACUUUGUUCUGUAACCAAACUAGUGUUUGUUCCUGUUCAGUGUAUAAAAGAACGUUUUUGUGUGAUUUUGUCAACAUAACUGUGGUGGAGAGAAGCAGUGAUCAUGUGUGUGUGUGUCAGGUAAACGUGUAUCAGACUGUCUUAGCUGUGAGACCGGUGUCACGCUGUCAGAUGUUUCCGUCUUGUUAAAUGCUCUUGUUGGAUUGAAGUGGAUGCAAACGUGUUGUUGAUAGGAAAUCUAUCAAUAUUUCAAAUUAAAAUUCCAUGCUGCAAUAAAUUAUUUUUUUAA